AAAACAUUUUUUUGAAAGACGAACCAUUUUCAACAUUUUAUUUUUAUUGCCCUUUUUUAUACAUACGAAAUUAAAAACAUGUCAAAAUAAAGAGGGACGCUGAGAAAUAGAAAAAGAAGGGAUUGGCAGAAAAAAAAUCUUUUUAAAUGUUGCCAUGAAACCAUUUUUAAAUGUAAUUUUUUUCGAAAUCAUCUUCCUCCUUCAACGUAUUUUAUGAAAAUUCAAAUUUCAGUUUCUCUUACAUAUAUUGUCACUGUCACAAACAAAUACAGAUACAGGAAAUACAAGCGUGCUCAUGAAUAUCAAAUGACAUUGACUCAUACAUAUCUUCAAUGCUAAAAAUUCACGUUUGACUUUAAUAUAAUUGUUAAAAUCUGUCUUUAACAUUUUCUUGGGCCUGAAUAAAAAAAAAGUGAAAUGGAAGAACAGUACAAAAUAAUUCAUCCUAUUAAAUAUUAUCGUAAUUACAUCGCACAUGAUAUUCGGCCAGAUGGCAGAGAGUUUGAGGCAUUUCGACCGAUCCGAAUAAAUGUCAAGUCAAUUGGAACGGCCGAUGGAUCAGCCAUUGUUAAACUAGGCAACACAACCGUAAUCUGUGGUAUUAAAGCGGAAUUAUCCGCACCAACUGUUGAGGAGCCGGAAAAGGGUUAUCUCAUUCCAAAUAUUGAUUUAACACCACUUUGUUCACCAAAGUAUCGUUCAAACAAUACAAAUGAUGAUGCACAAGUUUUAACAUGCAACUUAAAUAAUUUAAUCAAAGAAGCCAAUUGGAUUGAUUUGAAAAACCUAUGUAUAGCCAAGGAACGACUCGUUUGGACUCUAUACUGUGAUAUCACAUGUGUUGAUUACGAUGGCAGUAUUUUAGACGCAUCGGUAGUUGCAAUUUGUGCUGCACUAAGAAGUCUUACAUUGCCAAAAGUACAGUAUGAUGAUGAAACCAACAACUAUACAGUCCACAAAAUUGACCGAUCACCAUUGAAACUGUCGGAAGUUUGUCCAGUUUGUACAACGGCCAUGAUAUUUGAUGAAAAAACAGUUUUUGCUGAUCCAGAUGCCGAAGAAGAAGAGUUGGCAACAUCACUAAUCACAAUUGUAACGUGCAAUGGUGAAAUGUGUUUGGUAUUAAAGCCAGAUGGAGUGUCAAUAAGUGAUCGGCAAUUCGAGGCUUGCCUCAAACUGGCAUUAAAUCGAGAAAAAUCGAUUUGUAAAUUGAUUUCAUCGAUUGUAGAAGAAAAUUUAAAAAAAAAAAACAAUUUUUGUUUUAAAUAUAUAUAUUAACGAAAU